AAGGAAGUGGGCGUAUCUAGUGCCAUUAGCUAUAAAUACUUGGCUGGCUUCUAGUGCAUGUAGAGUUCUAAAGUUUGCUGUUUGCAAGGUAACUAGCCACGAUGAGCAGCCCAGGACAAGUACCAACUGAAGUGGUGGUGAUACCGCCUCCUACACCUGACAACGGGACCACUGGGGUCUACUCCAUUCAGCCCUCACAACAGACGUCUGCCAGGAUCCGCCGCCAAACACCUGCUUCAACUAACAUUCACCGGAUCAAUAAUCAAUUUGGGAGUAGUGGAACAUACGGAGCACAGCUGCCUCUGGUGUCUGAGGAAGAUGUUCCGAGUACUGAUGAUGCCAGUGAUAAUGAGGACUCAAGUAGCAUGAUGAGUUCAGCUGCACAGGCUGCAGCACUCAGUGCAUUCCUUUCAGUCAACAGCAGUGACUCAGACGACGCUGAGACACAGGCUAGGAUUACUGACGUCUACAGAGAACCACUAGAUUUGGACGGUCUAGAGAAUUUGAUACUGAGUAUUCUGAGAACUGGAAGGCUCACCAUACAUGGCACUCCUGGAGAUGUAACCAAGGUACAACCAGCACUGUUUGCCCUUCAAGCCAACGAAAAGGAGCUCACACAACUUUUGCCUCAAGUGAUUCAGUCUCCGCUCUUUAAUCCAAUAACGUCUGAGAUAGCUGCUAACACAUCCAACACCUCUCUCCCUUCCUGUGCUCACGACUCACUCCAAAAUGGCCAGAUUCGUAUUGGCAUCUACAUCGAUACGGCCAUCUACACACUUCUGAAAAGCCACUGUGCCAAGAAUGCCAAACAGGCAGAGGCCAUAAUCACUACCCUCAUGGCUACCAACUACAUCCCAGUGGAUGUUUUCUCAGGGAAAAUGAUGCCACCGAUGAUAUUUCAGUCGAGUAUGAUCCAGUCACCUCGCAAUGGUGCGAGAAAAAUGCCCAAAAGCACCACUGAUGCGGAGCGAAACAGCGCCUCUUCUCUCUCCAGCACUGCCUCUGGGGUAUCUUUCAGCAGCAACUUCUCUAACAGCUCCAUUGAAGAAGGAGUGGUAGGCAAAGAGGGAGUAGUAGGCAAAGAAGAAGAAGCCCAUGACAAAUUCAGUGAGAAGGAUCCUCCAGAGACGUUCAAGAAACAACGCUCCCGAAAAUCAAGCAAUGUCCACCAUCAUCGACAACUGCGGAGUUUUUCAAGCAGCUCUGACGAUGAAGGGAUACAGAGCGUUAUUUGGAAGACAAGCAUCAUUGAUAAUAGCACACUGGUCUGCCAGUACGGAAACUCGUCCAACCCCCUGCUAAUGUGGAACCCAAAACUGACUAUUGAUUUCCAUGUCAAGUCGUCCCUGGGUCCCCUCUGCGGUAUAGUGACUGGCGUUGAUCCGUCCAAUCGGAUUGUGACAGCUAAGAUCUUCAACAACUCGCCCUACACGGUGGCAUUCUCGAUACGAUCGUUCCGCCAAUCCACCAUAUUCACAUCACACGUGGUGUACCCUACAAAGGGGCUUCAUAUCUUAGAGAAAGGUGAGAGCUGGGAAGACAAUGUGGAGCUGUAUCCAGUAGUCAAGGUGACAGCGGAGACCUUUGUGAUAGAUCUACUGGUGUGUACAAUGGACGGGCAUCCUUGUUGGAACGUACAUCGCAAGUAUGCUGCCAUGAGGGCAGUCAAGAGUGACUCAAGUAAAACAGCACAACACCUCACUGCAAAAAGAAUGACCAAGAAGAGAGCUUCCGUCUUUUACAUGCCUGGAACCAAAGACCAGAAAGAAGAGAAUAUGAAGUUGAUCAUAUCACAUGGUCUUCAAUGCGUUGUCAAGGGGAAAUUAGAUGAAGCUGAAGUUAUAUUCACGCAAGCCCUGCUCUUACCUGACUUCCAGCGAAUUGAGCUCAAGUCCUUUGUAUACAUCUGUCUGGCUGUGGUGGCCAACAAAAGGCAAAACAAAGGUCACUACGACAGCCUGCUACCUGUCCUGAACGAAGUGAGUGCAGCCAAUCAACUAGUGGACGCAGUGGAAGCCACUCCAGGUACCGUGAGGAUGCCUCGAAUGAUGCAGCUGGUCAAACAACUCAAGAAAGAACUCGAUGUGCACAAGAUCUUCACCGACUUUCGACAGAAAUCAGAAGCCAAGAAGUUGCCCAGGGUUGAUGACGUCAAGUGGAGGGAAAGUGAAACAGUCACACAAGAGGGGAGCACUCUCUCUUGUAGCUCAACCACCGUCUGCAUACAGCCAGGCUCCAUCAGAGCACCAACACAGAUCACCGUCUCCUCUCCAGACCUGGGCCAACUGAACAGCAUGCUUCGACAUAGCGGAUGGGACUCGACGAUCAAAAUCAUUGCUGCUGUCAACAUCGAUUGCAACCCAGUCCUUGGACAUUUCAGGAACCCCCUUAAGGUCACUACCACUUUACCUAAGAAGUGCAAUCCUUCUGCACAAUGCGUUCGACUGGUGCACAGCAACUACCUCAGACAUUGGUGCGAUAUCACAGACGAUUCACACUGCUCUGUCGAGGUUAAUGGAGACACUGUAUUCAUUCAAGCUGAUCGACCGGGUUGGCUGGCCGUCACAAGCAUUCAGUUUGAUCCAUCUCUGAUUGUUGUCAAGGCAAUGCAGUCUCUUUCUGUUGAGCCGAUAAUGCUUCACUUUUCAGUGUACGGACUCAGCAUCCCCGACACGAAAAUCUUCCAAAUUGCCACGUUUAUUUCCCCCAGUAAGACUACUAAAGAGAAACCAAAACACCACGCCCCCAUUGCAUUUACGCACACGACACAAGCCUACCCUGGCGAGCGUUUACGAUUGACCUUCCACGGACAGCUGGAGCCGGAGACAAGCAUGAACGAGAACGACUUAAGCUUUGAGUUCACUGUCAACGAAACAGAUACGAGUGUGUGUGAGAAGUGGUUGAGGUUGACGUCGGCUCCUGGGAUUCCUCUAAACGGGAAGAUGGUUGUCAGCUGUUGUCGAAGGACUGUCGGAGAGUGGGAUAGCAUAUCAGAACUGCGUCUGUCCACAAAAACUGGUUUUGCUAGUUCAGAAAACCCUGCAAACUGAGUGUGUGUUAAAGCUGUCUAAUAUUUGUAGUUUUACUCCUCAUUAUUAAAGCACAUGAUUAUGUAAAUGCAAUUAUCUUUGUGGUUUCCUUAUAUAAAUUAUAUAAACAAUGUGUGCAUGUUGACCAAGUAUACUCUUAUCUUGGUGUUGACAAAUUGAUGUACAU